AUGAGUCAGCAGAAAGAUAAGGCAAGUUUGCUGGGAGCGAAACUUCGUUUUGUUGAGUAUCAAGACUGUACGGCAGAAUAUCCGGCGCUAGCCGAAUUGAUUGAGAAGGUGCACGCACUACCGUUCGAGAUCAACAAGAAGCGGCCGGAUAAGGCCAAGUUGUGUGCGCAAUUUUCGCGCUGUACUGCCAUCCAACAGUUACCAGCCGGACACCAUCAGCCCCUUCGCUUGGAUUGCGGAGCCGGUGACAAGAACAACGGUUUUAAGUUGACAUGCAUCUACUUUUUUAAUGCAGUUGAUACGAAGAACAAGCGAACAAGUCUUAGCCUUCGAACAGCGCUACGUGAGAACUCCACGCGGCAGGUUUACCCAGAGCCGGACCGCCUGGUUGUUUUUCGAAGUCAGUCCGUGUUUAACGAGAUCACAACUGUUCCUGACGGUGAGGACCUGUAUUACCUCACAUUCUGGAUCCAUGGACAAAGUCUGCAGUAA